GCCAAACCCUCUCUCUCUCUCACUCGCUCCGCCCGGCCGCCCGACUUUGACCGCCUCCUCGUCUCCGCUCCCACGCCCGCGGGAGAGAGGCGACCGGCGGCGGCGCGCGAGGAGGGCCUACCCAUCCCACCCACCACCCCGCCGGCCAAGAUGUUCGGCCGCGCCCCCAAGAAGAGCGACAACACCAAGUACUACGAGGUGCUCGGGGUGCCCAAGAACGCCGCCCAGGACGACCUCAAGAAGGCCUACCGCAAGGCCGCCAUCAAGAACCACCCCGACAAGGGCGGAGACCCCGAGAAGUUCAAGGAGCUGGCACAAGCCUAUGAGGUUUUGAGUGACCCUGAGAAGCGUGAGAUCUAUGAUCAGUAUGGCGAAGAUGCUCUCAAGGAGGGAAUGGGUGGAGGAGGAGGUGGUGGAGUUGAUCCAUUUGACAUCUUCUCAUCAUUUUUCGGGCCCUCUUUUGGAGGUGGUGGUGGUGGCAGCAGCAGGGGCAGAAGGCAAAGGAGGGGAGAGGAUGUUGUCCAUCCACUUAAAGCUUCUCUAGAAGAUCUUUACAAUGGUACUUCGAAGAAGCUCUCUCUUUCCCGCAGCGUCCUCUGCUCCAAGUGCAAGGGCAAGGGCUCCAAGUCUGGUGCUUCCAUGAGGUGCCCAGGUUGCCAGGGUUCAGGCAUGAAAGUGACUAUUCGUCAGCUGGGGCCUUCCAUGAUACAGCAGAUGCAGCAGGCCUGCAAUGAUUGCAAGGGCACCGGGGAGAGUAUUAAUGACAAGGAUCGCUGCCCAGGCUGCAAGGGUGAGAAGGUUCUUCAGGAGAAGAAAGUUCUGGAGGUUCACGUUGAGAAGGGGAUGCAACACAACCAGAAGAUCACCUUCCCUGGUGAAGCUGAUGAGGCGCCUGACACUGUUACUGGAGACAUUGUAUUUGUCGUCCAGCAGAAGGAACACCCGAAGUUCAAGCGAAAGGGCGAUGAUCUCUUCUAUGAGCAUACCAUAUCUCUCACUGAAGCUCUUUGUGGGUUCCAACUCGUCCUGACCCAUCUGGACAACAGGCAGCUGCUCAUUAAAUCAAACCCUGGUGAAAUUGUCAAGCCUGAUUCAUUCAAGGCAAUCAGCGACGAGGGAAUGCCGAUGUACCAGAGGCCGUUCAUGAAGGGCAAGCUCUACAUUCAUUUCACAGUGGAAUUCCCCGACUCGCUGGCACCGGAUCAGUGCAAGGCUCUCGAGGCUGUGCUUCCACCAAAGCCUGCAUCCAAGCUGACCGACAUGGAGCUUGACGAAUGCGAGGAGACGACGAUGCAUGAUGUCAACAUGGAGGAGGAGAUGCGCAGGAAAGCCCAUGCUGCUGCUCAGGAGGCGUACGACGAGGACGACGAGAUGCCUGGAGGCGGUGCCCAAAGAGUGCAGUGCGCACAACAGUAAGCUAGGGUUGGGCAAGCUUUUUGGGGACCCAAGAUCAAGAUGCCUGCCUGCUCUCUGGGGUUUUGGUGGUGUUAUCGAUGAAGCUGAUUUUUGCCCGUUUGGCGCCGGGGCUGUAUCCAUCCAUGUCUUUUGAAAAAUGCUACGUGGCUACUCUUAAUGUAGUGUGAUACUCGUAUAAAAGCAAUCUGUUUGUGAAAACUAACGAACGCUGUCUGAAUACGUUGUCUAAGCAGAACCGUGGACAAUUUUGCAAAGCAUGUUUGUGGUUUUUGAUCA